AUGCCGUCGGUUUCGAAAGCGGCGGCGGCGGCGGCGGCGCUGAGCGGGUCCCCCCCGCAGACCGAGAAGCCGACCCACUACAGGUAUCUAAAGGAGUUUAGGACAGAGCAGUGCGCCCUGUUUGUGCAGCACAGGUGCAGCCAGCACAGGCCAUUUACCUGUUUCCAUUGGCAUUUCCUAAAUCAGCGUCGGCGCAGACCGCUCCGCAGGCGCGACGGCACCUUCAACUACAGCCCCGACGUGUACUGCGCCAAGUACGACGAGGCCUCCGGGCUCUGCCCCGACGGCGACGAGUGCCCCUACCUGCACCGGACCACUGGGGACACGGAGCGCAAGUACCACCUGCGCUACUAUAAGACGGGCACGUGCAUCCACGAGACCGACGCCCGCGGCCACUGCGUGAAGAACGGGCUGCACUGCGCCUUCGCGCACGGCCCCCUGGACCUGCGGCCGCCCGUGUGGGACAUCCGGGAGCUACAGGCUCAGGAAGCCUUGCAGAAUGGCCAGCUUGGCGGCGGGGAUGGUGUGCCCGACCUGCAGCCUGGCGUGCUGGCCAGCCAGGCCAUGAUUGAGAAGACCCUGGGCGAGGACCCCCGUUGGCAAGAUGCCAGCUUCGUUCUGGGCAGCUACAAGACUGAGCAGUGCCCGAAGCCACCGCGCCUGUGCCGCCAGGGCUACGCCUGCCCACACUACCACAACAGCCGGGACCGCCGGCGGAAGCCCGGGAGGUUCCAGUACAGGUCCACACCGUGCCCCAGCGUGAAGCUUGGCGAUGAGUGGGGGGAGCCCUCCCGCUGCGAUGGGGGGGACGGCUGCCAGUACUGCCACUCCCGCACCGAGCAGCAGUUCCACCCCGAGAUCUACAAGUCGACCAAGUGCAACGACAUGCGUCAGACCGGCUUCUGCCCGCGGGGCCCCUUCUGUGCGUUUGCACACGCGGAGAAGAGCCUCGGCCUAGGGAGCGAGUGGGGUUGUCGUGACCUGCCCAGCGGCGGCGCCCCGGCCCCCAGCAGUCAGCCCGGACAUGCCAAGUGGAGAGAGGCGCCCUCGGAAGGCAGUCAGAGGUGCAGCCAGCUGGACGGCAAGCAGAACCACCUGGCUGUGUUCGCAGUGGUUCAGCCCCGGGCCCCCAGCGCGGGCUCGAGCCCCGGCUCGGGCAGCUCCUCCCCCACCGCCGCGCCGGACGCCGCCGCCGCGGGCAGCACCGUGGAAGCCGUGCUAGGUUCUGCCUUAGAUCUUCGUCUUAGCGACAUAAAUAUUGCAUCCCUAGAAAAAGACCUGGAGGAGCCGGAGCGCCGGGACCCAGGACUGCCAAGCGCCAGGUCGCUGGGGGGCUCGGCGCCCGUCACCAUCCCCGGCCCCCUGCCCCGCUCGCCGUCCCUGCAGUCCUCCUCCUCGCUGUCCACCUCUCCACUCGGCUCCCUCUCCCAGUCCCUGUCCCGGCCUCUGGUCUCCUCAGCCAUGACGCCCCCCCAGCAGCCACCGCUGCCCCUGCGGUCAGAGCCGGGCCCCCUGGGCUCCGCAGCCUCUUCCUACAGCUCCUUAGGCUUGAAUGGCGUCCCUGGGAGCAUCUGGGACUUCGUGUCUGGCAGCUUUUCCCCCAGCCCAUCCCCCGUCCUGAACCCAGGGACCAUGGCCCCGGCAAACGCCAGUCCCAGCAGCGCCGAGCUGGCCCGGGUCAGGCGGCAGCUGGAUGAGGCCAGAAGGAAGAUCCGACGGUGGGAGGAGUCUUGGCGGCAGGUGAAGCAGGCCUGCGACGCGUGGCAGCGAGAGGCCCAGGAGGCCCGGGAGCGCGCCCGGGUGGCAGACAGCGACCGCCAGCUGGCCCUGCGGAGGAAGGAGGAGGUGGAGGCCCAGGUGAAGCGGCUGCAGCAGGAGCUCGAGGGCCUCGGCCUGGUGUCACCGCUGCCCAGCGACAUGGGCAGCGUCCCACUGCCCCAGCUGCACUCCCUGCAGAGCCAGCUGCGCCUGGAGCUGGAAGCCGUCGACGGGGUGAUCUACCAGCUCCGUGCCAAGCAGUGUGUGGCCUGCCAGGAGCGGGCCCCUGGCACCGCUGCGCAGCCCUGUCAGCACCAGGUCCUGUGCGACACAUGUGCAGCCUCGGCACCCGAGUGCCCUUACUGCGAGGGCCAGAGCCCGUGGUGACCGGAGCGGAGCCCGAUGCUGCCGAGCACCGUGAAGGGCCGCCGUGCACUGCUGCCAGGACGUGAGUCUCUGCCAACCGUGUGCUCACCAGCGGUUCCAAGGUGUUUUCAAACACCUUAAAAACAAGACCCCAACCCUGUCUGUGGGGGCUCGUACCUUGAGGUCUGGGCCGUGGAUGGGCCCGUGCUGGUCAGCCAGCCUCCCGCGAGGCCAGGCCUUCUCAAAGCACUUUGUAAACCGAGGAAUUUAGUUAAGACAUUUUAAGCUGCUUUCUAGGUUCAUGUUUUUAAUAUGAGGUAACAUGAAGCUUUAUGUAUGUACUGUGAACUUUGGAGUUUCCUAUCGGUUUAUUGUUAACUCUUAGUACAGUGAAUAGAUUUCGUAUUCUGAAACUACUUACGAAGUGAGAGCAUUUAUCUAGUAGCGAGGAAGAUCUAGGAUUUUUACUUUUUCAAAUUAUUUGCAAACAAAUAGUAUUUAUAAGCAGGGUGAUUAUUGAAAGACAUUUAGAGGUUUUGAAUUUCCUGAGGAACUCACUUUCCUAGCGAGCACGUGCACACAGGUAGCAGUUACGCUUGUGUCUGGAGCUGGCACUGAGCAGUCUGCACGCAUCGCGUAACCUGCGGCCACCUUCUCUAAGUGCCUGUGCCUUGCGUCAGAAGUAAGGGAAGUGACUGGUUUGGCUUUGAUUUUUCCUGUGAAGACAAUUUGAUGCUAACCGAAGGGCCCAGAUUCACAUUGGAGAGUCUCGGACAUUCACUUUGGAAGCAGCUGUGUUCUGAAGACUUACCUAACAGGCAGUGGUGCUUUGUAACUUCCCAGAGCCAUCUGGGCAUGGGGGUGGGGAAGGGGGGAUAGGCAGACUUAAUGGACAAUGGGGUGCAGUGGAGCAUCAACCUACGUGGACCGUUAAGCAGAGGCCACCACGGCCUGGCCUGGACCCGCAGCACAAGUCCAGUGCAGUGAUUUGGGCCCUAGCUGGUCAGGACUGGACGGCCUGGACACCUGGGGAGACAUCUGGACACCAGGCUUCCCCUCCCCUGAGGCUUUGCCAAAGACUUUUAAUAGCAUUUUUUAAAGUGCAAAGUGACUAGGUUAACAUUUUUAUCAAUGACCAAACUAGAAUGUAUUUAAUAUAGGAGAUUUAAAAGCAUUUUUAAUAUGACACAGGUAGAGAAUUCUCUAUCAUUUUAAAGGAAAUGAAUCUAUGACAUUCCACAGCUAGUCGUUACUAAAAGCAACUCUUGGUUUUAGUGAAUCUUAUUUUGUUCUUAAUUAUAUAGCGAAUGACUUACUAGCUCACUACCUAGAAAUCGCGUAUUUUUGUGCUAUUGUUAAUCACUCUUGAUUAUUUUUAUUGAUAUUUAUGCACUUGUUUCAUGUGGGCCUCUGGUCUUUUCGAGGACAACAGGCCAGUGUUGAUGAUUGGUAUCGUGCCUAGACUUUUUCAAGUUAGUGAAACGGCUAGGCUCCAUCCACACGGGCCAGUCCCUGUGUGGGGCAACGGAGCUUCAGAGCCUGAAGACAGGGAACGGCCAGCGCCUACUGACCCGGGGCACGGCUCCUCGCCUCCCUCCUGUGGUGCAGAGCGCUCCUGGGCAAGGGGCUGAGGGGAGGAGGCUGGCGGCCCGUGUCAGGCUGGGCCAGGACGGAGGCUGUGGGAGCCCGCCCCACCCUUGUCUGUGUUGCCCAUUGUGUCUCUGGGGUCACGUUCACAGUAGAUUAGAGUGGCAGGCUUCCCAGUGUGGGCACUUCCUGCGGACUUCAGCGCAGUGCGGAAGCCUUGUUGCGCACACCUGGGUGCGUGUGCAUUGGCGGCCUCCUGGUCUCCAAGGUGUGUUUAUACUGCAUAAUCAUUUACGUGUGGUCAGCUGUUAACAUCUGUUUAAAUUUUUUACACUAUAGCGUUUUCGCAAUGGUUUACAGAACUCAUGGAAUUAUUUUUAUCAGUAUGGGACUUCAAAUUAAACCUCUCCGUCUUUAC